UGCCUGGGGCGCGGCGCAGGACAGACCAGGGGUGCGGAGCGGCAGCCCCUGUGGAGGCCGCAGGGUCAGGGAUCCCUCGGGACCCGCACCCCCGCCUCCCACAGCGAGGAGCGGGCACAGCGCCCGGACUCCCGCGCUGCCCCGGGCUCAUGGCGCGCACAGCGCCCGGGACCGAGCCCGCCCCUCAGCGGCGGGAGGCAGCUCACACCGCCCCGUAUCCCCGCAGCCCUGUCCGUUCCUCCCGGGUUUCCGCCACCGUCCGGCGCGGCAGUGCUCCCUGCCCGCCGGAGCGCGUCCCGCCGCGGCCGGUUCUGGGCCAGGACCCGCCCAGGGCGGCCCCGAGGGGCGGGCGUGGCUGGUCGCCAUGACAACCGGCGCUACCGGCUGUCUGUGACGUCACCGCAGGCGUCACGCCCCCUGCCGGUGGGUGAGGCGCUUCCGCCGCGCGGGGUGUGGCGUCAUCGCCGUGCGCCGCGGCGCGGGGAGGGGCCGGGCCGGAGGCGGCCGCGGCGGCGCCGGGCGAUGGGGGCCGCGGAGGAGCCGGGCGAUGGCGGGUGAGGCGGCGGACGGCAGCGGGGAUCCGGGAGCCCCUUGGGCGCCCCCAUGAACGAGCGUCGCGGCUGCCGGGACAGCGCGGGGCGUCAUGAGAGCGGGACACGAGCGGAGCCAGGAGUGCCUCCCGCCCAAGAAGCGGGAACUUCCCGCCGCCAGCACCGGCACCGAGGCGGGGCGGGCGGGGGGCGCCUCUGGCGAGGGCCCCGAGUGGGCCCGGACUGGCGGGCCGGGGGCUGCCGCCCUGCGCUACGGCCCUGGCGAGGCCGCGGAAGCGGUGGCGGGGCUGACCGUGGACCAGUACGGGAUGCUCUACAAAGUGGCGGUGCCACCCGCCACCUUCUCCCCCACGGGUCUGCACCCCGUGGUGAAUGUGAGCCCCCUGCCCCCUGCCUUCAACGUGACCUCGCCAGUGAUCCAGCACCCGGGGGUGUCCUACCCCCCCAUCCACUACGCGCAGAUCCCCCCAGCGUCCCUGCAGUUCAUCGGCUCGCAUUACGCGGUGCCCUACGCUGUCCCGACGGGCUUCCUGCCUAGUCCGCUCCUGUCACCUUCCACCAACCUCACGGCCUCUCAUGUCCCCCACUUUGUGCCAUAUGCCUCUCUCUUCACGGAAGAAGCCGCUCCUUCCCCCCAGACUACCUCUCCUACCCACAGCUUCAGCAAACCUGCUUCUGCAAUCUCUCCUUCUGGCCAGAUGCAGCACCACGCUGGGACCCAGCCGUUAGAUAUCGCACCAGGUAGAAUUCCUGUUUAUUACCAGAUGUCCCGCCUCCCACCAGGGUAUUCAGCCUAUGAGGCCCCUUCAGCAGGUGGAAGUGCAGAGUCCCCUCAGCAAGAUGGUGAGCUCAGUUCAGAGGUUGCUGCUGCCAACGGCGGACAGAGACACCUGGAGCAGAGUGUGAGGAGGACCAGCGAGGCUGUGGACCCUGCCGGUGGUAAAGGUGAAGACUGUCUGCCAGGGACUGCAGCGGGAUGUGCGGUCGACGGACAGUUCCUUUCAGGUUACCAGACGUUGGGAACAGCGGUCUCUGUGCCAGCUCACAGAAGCACCCCAGACGCUGAUCUGGAGGUUCAGAGGGUCGUGGGGGUGUUGGCAUCUCAGGAUUAUCAAGUUUUGGCAGCCCAGAGGAAAGACGACCCGAGCCCUUUAAACCUUUGCCAUAAUAUCGCUGAUCAGCAGGGGGAGUCGAGGGACCCGCUGAGGAACGCAGCGGAAAGGGCCGCUGCUGACAAGAGCCAGAGCAGGAGCCCGUGUGUGAGGUCUCCUGAAGAGCCGGUUAGACAGAGACAGUUAACCAAAGGAACGGUGAUAGCCAACGGCAAACCGGUGCAGUUCCCGGUCGGGUCUGAGCCCAUCAGGUCUUCCAGUUCAGAAGUCCUGGCAGGGCGCAGCCCGGACGCACCGGCUCGAGGAAACAUGCUCGAAAAGGACGUGGCCCCGCUGCAGCCACUCAGCUCCUCACACUUGCCCUCCCACUUCAUGAAAGGAGCCAUCAUCCAGCUGGCCACAGGGGAGCUGAAGCGGGUGGAGGACCUGCAGACUCAAGACUUUGUUCGCAGUGCGGAGGUGAGCGGGGGCCUGAAGAUCGACUCCAGCACCGUGGUGGAUAUUCAGGAAAGCCAGUGGCCAGGGCUUGUCACGCUGCAUUUUGUGGUUGGGGAGCAACAAAGUAAAGUGAGCAUUGAUGUGCCCCCGGAGCAUCCCUUCUUUGUGUAUGGCCAGGGCUGGUCCUCCUGCAGCCCGGGGCGAACUGCUCAGCUCUUUGCUUUGCCCUGUCACAGGCUGCAGGUGGGCGAUGUCUGCAUAUCAAUCAGUUUACAGAGCAUGAACGGCAGCUCCGCUUCUCAGGCUAACCACCCUCUUGCAGAUCAGUUGGUGUCUACUAGGGAGAGAUCUGAAAGAAUGGCUCAGGGGUCCAGAGAACCGUCUGACAGAGCUGCUGAGAGGAAGAGCCACACAGACAGGGACAGUGCAGCCCAGGGCUCCCGUGCAGAGCCCUCCCAGCCUGAGGCUCAGCACAGCUGGACAGCCCCAGGCUUCCAAAGAUACAGUGCGCAGGCAGAGGAGCCGCGGCCCUCCCUGCCCCGUCCCUCCUUCAUUCCCCAGGAGGUCAAGCUCUCUAUCGAAGGGCGUUCUAAUGCAGGAAAGUGAUCCCUUUGGGCUGUGAGGGCGGGCGUCCCCUGAGUUGCACAGACUUUGCGGCAGGUUCACCAGCACGUUCUGCCCCGCGGGACUGGGUCUGUCCCGGCCGGCCCGGCGGCUGAGCGCGUCCUGCUGGGGAACCCGGGGGCUCCGUCCCCUCAGGGAGCAGCGACAGGCUGGCUGGGGUAGAGAACGGGGAUGACGGGAGCAUUCCAGAGCCUGGGGCUUCCUCACCCUCUCAACUGAGCGGCUCCCUGCGGGGCAGGGCUGAGCGUUUGGGAUGGGUGGGAGAUGAGGCUGACACGGCUUAGGGCAGCAGGUAAAAUUGCUGAAGAUUUUAUUCCUCCUUUCUCAUGAUGGGGAGAGUGGGUCCCCACUGGUGUUACGGGGGCUCUGCUCCCAGUAUCCCUUUUCUUCACACAUGCACUUUAAAAGGACCGUUCGCCGAUGGAGCUCUUGAGGGCAGGAUGGAGACGCUUCUCUGGUGGUUCUGUUUAAUGUCUGUUCCACUGAAUCCAACUGCUCUUUCUUCUUGCAAAGAAUGUACAGAUUUGAGUGAAUCAUGGAAAUUCAAGAGGAAGGACCAAAAGGGUGGGUUUGGGUGUAGGUGAAUAGGGAACUUGAGCACUUGGGAUGGGAGACAUCAGUUUCCUGCUACUAAAUACAUUUAAUUAUUUGCCACCAAAUCAAAUCUUUCUUCCCAUCCUAACAACUUAAAGAAAAAUCUCUUGGGCUUAUAGCUUUUGCAGAGGCUUAGCCUAUGAGUGAACAGGGUUGGGAUUAUUUUGGUUGGUUGGAAUUUUUUGCUUUGCUUUGUUUUUGUUUUUUUUUGUUUGUUUGUUUGGUUGGGUUUUAUUUGUUUUUGUUUGUUUUGUUUUGUUUUUUUGUGUGUGUGUGUGUGUGGUUUUUUUUAAUUCUCAUUUUCUUUUUUAAGCCGGUGUAAAAUAUGUUUAGCAUUCUCUAGGGAAGGAUGGAAACACAUCCUUUUCCUGUGAGAAGACUGAGACUAUUUUGUUAUUAAAUCAGAAGAAAACUUUCCAGAUGGCUAAUUCUUCCCUGCAGGCAGUUUCCCGAAUAAGCUCUGGACAAGAGACGAGUGUUUGUGCAUGUGCAGGCAAGGUACAAAGUUUCUGGUGAGUACAGUUCAAUGAUUAAUAUAGGGAAUCGAAAAAUAUCGAAGCAUCACAGGGCAUUUUGGCGUGUUUUUGUGUUAGUUUUUUUGAUGCUUCGCUUUGGAGUUCCUCUGUAGAACGCGGUAAAAUCAAGAGCAGUCUUUUUCAUGGUGAGAUUUAAUACAGAUGUAUAUUAAUACCUCGUUAUGGUAAUAACACUCCAUUCAAGUGAAGGCUCCUGUAGUUACACUAAUUUGCCCUCUCUGAUGGUGUGUUAUGACAUCAGCUCUAACUGCUUAGCUAGAACAAAAGUAGUCACUAUUAUGUUGAGGAUAAGAGUCUUCGCUGACUUAACUUGAGUUAGUAUUCCGUGCAUUGAGGUGCCCGUCUCUGUGCUAGGACCAGGCUUUUGAGAGGGUUUCUCUUCAGAGUGCAGGUGCUGAUGCUGCUCCUGGUGUUCGUGUUCUGUUUGCCGUCUCCUCUCGCCCUCGCGAGGUCCUGCUGGCUGCGGGGACACCGCGUCCCCUGCCCCAGGUGCCUGUGCUGGCGCCUGGGGCAGCGCUCGGCUCACGGUGCUGCUGUCUCAGGGCUGCUCCACAUGCUCCUGGGAACGUGUCCUGUAACGGGUUGGCUUCAGCUGACUGACAGAGGGGGCUCUGCCCGGGUACGGGGCGAACUGGAGCGUCUCUGAAAUGUCCCUUCCCUCCAGGCUGUCAGUCUGUGUGCUUCACACAGUCUAGACGUUUCGAUUGCCUUUGAGAUGCCUGCGCCAGGACAGUUUCUGUUCAGGCCCUAGGUGAGGUGUGUGCUCCUCCUGUCUGUGCCUCCCGGGGGUUUCUCUGGGGUGGAGGUGCUGCCUGUAUCGCUGGUUGCUUCCCAUCUCAUCAGCUGUGUGUGAAAUGUAUGAAGUCAUGGUGAUGCUGUCAUGUGCAGGUUCUGCCUCCUUGGCUGCAGCAGCUGUGGGAACAGACGUUUUCAUGGCACCAUUUGUCAGUAAAAUGUACUGUCUGGGCCCAGUGCUUGGCUUCAUCUCCAUCUUUGUGUCAAUGCUGCUGUUGGUUAGACUCUCCUACGCAAAGACCUGGAUUCAUGUUGGGUUGUACUUAAUGCUUGGGAUAUCCAGGGUGUUUGUGGCCAAAGGCAGAAGGCAGAGCAGCCCAGGUCCUCUUGCCUGUUCUUUGCAUGGUGCACGCAGAGGCACUCAGAGCUGUGGCAAGCAGCUGAGGGCUCUGGCACACGGACGGCGUGUGAAUGUAGAUGAGCUGGUUGCACACAGGGAAUGUCUGAGCAGCUGCAGGGCGCAGAGCCCCUCGUGUGUGUGUGAACACAGAAGCCUGUCUGGUAGAGAGGGUUUGGGGAGCUGGCCUUAUCUCAUGUGUUGCUGUAACUGCCACCCUGAGCAGCGGUCUGGCCAGGGCAGACGCUGAUGGCUGAGGCGAUCUGCACAUGGCUUGAACAGCUUGGUGCUGUCAGCAGCUGGGUUUGGCCAGCUGCACGUCUGCUGAACGCGGUUCUGAGCCCUGCGACAGUGAGUUGGACCUUGGUGCUUCUGCCCAGACUCCCCAUCAGCCCCACUGUUGUGCCUGUUCCAGCCACCAGCUCUUCUGUGGAAGCGGUGGUUCAGGACAGGCCUCAUGAUGGGGGGUUGAGAUGAAGAAUCUGGGCACCUGGCUGCUGCCCCAAGGGCGGAGGGGGCCCCGGCAGCCCAGCUUGGCACAGCUCUGGAACCUGCCCUUUCUGGGUCGGGUGGUUCUGCAGCCUGUGGUGGUGGUUGUGUUGAGGCUCUCCCGAGAUGGGGAGUGUGUGCGAUGGGCUCUCCUGGAGGCAGAAAGGCUACGAGUGAGCCCACGGAGGAGGUUUUUAUUUCUUAGGUUUGCAGGGAAAGGUGGAGAUAAAGCCAGGAAGACAUUGUGGAGUGAGGUGGUUAUCCAGGCUUUUCUGCUGGCAGAGACGUGACAGAGAAACAUACUGUUUUCCUGCUGCUGUUGUUGUGAAGGGGAGGAGAGCUGUGGUCUGUCCUACCCACAGGAGGAGGAGGAGGAGACCUCCUGGCCUUGGUUUACUCAGCUCACACUCGUUGGCAAGAGCCUGUAGGAUGCAAUAACGGGUGUCUGUAGCCAUCUGUCCCAUCAUGAAACAUUCCUCGCGUCAGCUGCCCAGCAGGCCAGGCCUGUUUCUAGGCUGUGCUCCACACUGUUGCUCCAGGAACGUGAACUUGCUCCAGGUGCCGAGCGCUCGUCACUACCAGACUAUGCAGAGGAAGCUCUGUCUGGAAAGCAGGAAAGCUGCAGAGGCCCCUCUGCCUCCCCUUUCCAGCAGGCGCGCAAGUAUAAUGCACUUUUCACAUUAAGUGUCCCUGCCCCCUGUCCCUACCCCACACUUGAAGUCACUUUCCCCUGUAGAGAACCCACGAUCCUCGUUACUCAGAAAAUAUUGUCAAAGAAACUACAGCAGUGUGAGUAGCCCAAGCGCUAGUUCCUGCCCGCAGCAUACACGUGCCUUUCCCCAGCAUCACUCACAACCACGCUUUGUCUUGUAGGCUGUCCUAGGGCCUGAAACUUUGCAGAAGCUGCUAAGACGGCUACGAAUGCACAUUCUGUACAGUUUGGCCCAGGGUGUGUUCCAUGUAUGGCUUAAAGUGCUGAUGGUCAAGGCCCUUCCGUGGACGUCACCUCUGUCUGUGGAGGACGGGGCUUGUCCCUCACGUCCCUCUUGGCUGCCCCCCCGCAGGCGUGCCCACGCUGUUCUUGUUUUCCGCUUCGCGGCACCUGGUGCAGGGGAGGGUUUGCCGCGCACCGCAGCGGAACGACGAGCGGCACCGGGGAGCAGCCGGGCUGCCCCACGCAGGGAGCUCUUGUAGAUACGUGCUGAUCCCGCAACUAUAAUCCCAGUAUGUAAUGGCUGUAUUAACAUGUAACCGACCACGUUGUAUCUAAAGCCUUAGAACUAGUCAGGUGCUCCCCUCCGACCUUGUUCCUUACCCUUUCCUCCUACCUGAACUUUAACAAAGCAUUAAUAAUUCUAAGGAUAAUCUCUAUUUUGUUGUGCUUUUUUUGUAACUGUUUUAAAUAAAUCAAUUUGUACUGUAUAUUUGUACUUUUGGUGAGAUCCUUUUUCCUGUUUUACCAUUUUAAGUCUGUACUUGGCUACACACAGAUUGUAUUUUUAUUGUUAACGCUCUUAUGAAUAUUGCAUUUAACUUGUUGACUCUGUAAACACAGUAUAUAUCUAUAUAUAUAUAUCUAUAUAUAAACCAAUAGCUUUUC